GACUCCUGCCUGGGCCCUGGAUGCAGGAGCGAAGAGCCAGGCAACAUGAUUCUUCUGGCUGUGCUUUUUCUCUGCUUCAUUUCCUCCUACUCAGCUUCUGUGAAAGGUCACACGACUGGUCUCUCACUAAAUAAUGAAAGGCUGUAUAAACUCAGUUACUCCACUGAAGUUUUUCUUGAUGGGGCCAAAGGAAAACUCCAAGACAGCGUGGGCUACCGAAUUUCAUCCAACGUCGACGUGGUCUUACUGUGGAGGAAUCCUGACGGUGAUGAUGACCAACUGAUCCAAAUCGCGAUAAAGGAUGUGAAUGUCGAAAAUGUGAACCAGCAGAGAGGAGAGAAGAGUGUUUUCAAAGGAAAAACGGCACCUAAAAUCAUAGGAAAAGGCAACUUGGAAGCUCUGCAGAGGCCCAUGUUACUGCACUUGGUUCACGGGAAGGUCAAAGAAUUCUACUCCUACCAAGAUGAACCAGUGGCCAUUCAAAAUCUCAAGCGAGGCCUGGCUAGCCUCUUUCAGACGCAGUUAAUCUCUGGAAAUGGCAAUGAGGUGGACGUCUCCGGGGAUUGUAAAGUGACCUACCAGGCUCAACAAGACAAAGUGAUCAAAGUGAAGGCCUUGGACUCCUGCAAAAUAGAAAGGCCUGGAUUCAAAACCCUCAACCAGGUCUUGGGUGUCACUACGAAAAGCACUUCAGUGACCACGUAUAAGAUAGAAGACAGUUUUGUCAUAGCUGUGCUCGCAGAAGAGAUUCAUGCUUUUGGGUUGAAUUUUCUACGAAGCAUCACAGGCAAAAUAGUAUCAAAGCAGAAACUCGAGCUCAAGACAACUGAAGCAGGUCCAAGAAUGGUCCCCGGGAAGCAGGUCGCAACUGUGAUCAAAUCCAUCGACUCCAAGUACACGGCCCUUCCCAUUGCGGGGCAGGUCUACCAGAAGGAGUGUAAGCGGUGCCCUUCGCUCUCCGAGCACUGGAAGGACGUGAGGCAGCACCUGCAGCCUGAAAACCUGAACAAGGCACAGUCUGUCCGCAGCUUCCUUGCCUUCAUCCAGCACCUCAGGACGGCCAAGAGGGAGGAGAUCCUCCAGAUCCUCAAGGGCGAAAGCAAGGAAAUGCUACCACAGCUGGUGGACGCCAUCACCUCUGCCCAGACACCAGACUCUUUGGAUGCCAUCUUGGACUUUUUGGAUUUCAAAAGUGACAGCAGCAUUAUCCUUCAGGAGAGAUUUCUCUACGCUUGUGGGUUUGCCACUCACCCCAGUGAAGACCUCCUGUAUGCCCUCAUCAGGAAGUUCAAGGGCUCCUUUGCGAGCAACGACAUCCGAGAAACAGUCAUGAUCAUCAUGGGCGCCCUGGUCCGGAAGCUGUGCCAGGGUGAAGGCUGCAAACUCAAAGCGGUGGUGGAAGCCAAGAAAUUAAUCCUGAGCGGACUUGAGAAGCCAGAGAAGAAAGAGGACACCAUGAUGUACCUGCUGGCCAUGAAGAACGCCCUGCUCCCGGAAGGCAUCCCCCUCCUCCUGAAGUACGCCGAGGCGGGCGAGGGGCCCAUCAGCCACCUGGCCACCACCACCCUCCAGAGAUACGACACCCCUUUCAUAACGGACGAGGUCAAGAAGACUCUGAACAGGAUCUACCACCAGAACCGCAAGGUCCACGAGAAGACCGUGAGAACCACGGCCGCGACUGUCAUUCUGAGCAACAACCCGUCUUACAUGGACGUGAAGAACAUCCUGCUCUCCAUCGGGGAGCUGCCGAAGGAGAUGAACAAGUACAUGCUGGCCACCGUGCAGGACAUCCUGCGCUUCGAGAUGCCCUCGAGCAAAAUGGUCCGUCGCGUCCUGAAGGAGAUGGUGGCUCACAACUACGACCGCUUCGCCAAGAGCGGGUCCUCCUCCGCCUACACCGGCUACAUUGACCGCGACUCCCACUCAGCAUCCACGUACGGCCUCGACAUCCUCUACUCCGGCUCUGGCAUUCUGAGGAGGAGCAACCUGAACGUCUUCCAGCACAUCGGGAAGGCCCAUCUCCAUGCCAGCCAGGUGGUCAUCGAAGCCCAGGGCCUGGAGACACUGAUCGCGGCGACUCCGGACGAGGGCGAGGAGAACCUGGACUCCUUCGCCGGCAUGUCGGCCAUCCUCUUUGACGUCCAGCUCAGGCCCGUCACUUUCUUCAACGGGUACAGUGACCUGAUGUCCAAGAUGCUGUCGGCGUCGAGCGACCCUGUCAGUGUGGUGAAGGGACUCAUCCUGCUCGUGGACCACUCUCAGGAGCUGCAGCUGCAGUCUGGACUGAAGGCCAACAUGGAGAUCCAGGGCGGGCUAGCGAUCGACAUCUCAGGGGCAAUGGAGUUCAGUCUGUGGUACCGCGAGUCGAAAACCCGAGUCAAAAAUGGGUUGGCGGUGGCCAUCACCGGUGAGAUCAGCGUGGACUCCUCCUUCAUGAAAGCUGGCCUGGAGGUCAGCGCGGAGACCGAGGCGGGUCUGGACUUCAUCUCCACAGUGCAGUUCUCCCAGUACCCGUUCCUGGUCUGCAUGCAGAUGGACAAGCAGGAAGCUCCCUUCAGGCAACUCGAGACCAAGUACGAGCGGCUGUCUACCGGCAAAGGGUUCGUCUCCCGGAAGAGCAGACGGCGGGUGGUGGCCGGCUCGGAGUUCCCGCUGCACCAGGAGAACUCCAACAUGUGCAAGGUGGUGUUCCCCCAGCAGGCAGAGAGCGGCUCCAACGGUGGUGGCUGGUUCUGAAGGCCGCCUGCCCCAGCGGCCUCGCCCUGCUCUCAGCAGUGUUUACACGGCCCCUUUAUUUAAGUGUUUGUGAAAAGCCACGGCAGCCUCACCCGCUGACUCCCGGCCCCCUCUGUCCACCCGCACUGCCCGUCCCAGCCACGCGCGCUCCUCUCCGCGCCUCUCAAGUCCCUUCCGGUAGGAAACGGUUCUGCCUGGCGAGGAAACUGUCCCCAAAGACUGAAACAAAACACAGUUCCACUUUGUGCCGGCAAGGUCCAGCCCCUGCUCCGUUGUAACUUUGUAAC